CGAAAGCCACCGGGAAGUGGCAGCAGUGCAGACAGCAGCUGCCCUCCCCAAGCCCGGCAAGACAGCAGGGCACGGAGGUGAUGCGCUCUCUGGCUGGCAGGCAGCUCGCUCCAAGGUAGGAAACCAAGCGAUGGGCUCAGCCAGCGAGGGAUGCCUGAACGGCAACUACGGGUGCCACGUGGACCCGUCUUUGCUUCCCCAACCCCACCCCCAGGAAGGCACGAUGCUGUAAGGCUCUCAGCCCCGAGGCAGGAGAUGGUGGCACCAGCCUCCAUUGCCCCUUUACCUAUUCAGGGCAAGAGGGGAUGUAACUCUGCUCUCUUCCCCCUUCGAGCCACGGCCGAGCCAGGUACCUCCCUAGUCGCCUGCAGGGAAAUGCAGCGGGGGAAGAGACAGCUAGACCUGGGCGAACCUGGAUACGCAGCAGCUGCCAAUCCCACACCCAGGGGCUUUCCAGAGACAGCUCUGCCCUGCAGCAAAGCACAGAUCCAAGGGCAAAGCACCCCCUGCCUGCCGGGACUGACGCAGGCCCGGUGCUCUCCGCCCCGCCACUUCGCCGGGAUGCAAGAGAAGAAGCAAAUGACAAGCCAGGUCCCUCCCAACCCCGUGCCAGGGACUGAAUGCGAUCAGGCAAAGCAAGAGGCUUCCUUUGGCCGGCCGAGCCAGGAUCCAUCAGGCCUACGUUGGCACGUCCGGUGGGACCGCACGGGCAGGACCCUCAGGGACCUUCACGCCCGAUGCUCGCGUCACGGGGGAUGGCGUGCGAGGAACGAGCCACCGGCAACACCCCGGGCAUCCAACGCAGGGGCUUCCCUGGGGUGCAGCGAGGCAACGACCGCGUCAGCCAGCCACGGCCUCACCCUGCGCUGCAGCGCUCGGCUUCAGCCUCCUUCCCCCGAGACGCAGGGUUUGGGCAGCAUCCGGCCGGCCGCGCCUCUCCCCCAGGAUCCCGCUGCAAGGUGCCACCACCCUGCUCUGCACGCUGGCCGCUCCGGCCACACGUGGGGCGAGACGGCGCCGACCCUGGGCCCGAGACACGCCCCGGGGCAGCCACCUGCUGCGUCCCAGCCCCGCCACCACGCUCCCCGGCCUUUUUCAAAAGAAACCUAUCCCUCCACCCCCCAAAAAUGGGACAGGCGGAGGCGGCCAGGGGUGCGCGGCCGCCGUGGGCUUUGCUGCAGAGGUCACCCGAGGGCUGACGAAACGGGCGCGAGACAGACCCCCCCCCCCCAUCCUGCAGGUUCCUGCAGUGGGUGGAUGCAGGGCUGGCGAGGCAGCAGGCGCUGCACAGCAGCGAGCGGGCGGGCGACCAUCUCUGCCAACGCCACUGAAGGCAUUUCUGCCAGCUUGCCCGCUCUGAACAAUGCCGGGCGUUCAGUUCGGCUGGGCAAAGGGAGGAAGCUCCGGGCUGACUUCAACAACCUUCUGGAAGCUAGCAGCUGGCUCGCAACAGCCGAAGCUGAGUAA